AUGAGUCAGGUUUGUGGUUUUGGUGGCAACAUUGGGCAUGAUCCACAUGUAAUGUAUACCCUAAGUGCUGUGCAAGUUUUAGCCCUCUUUGACAAGCUUGAUGUUCUAGAUGUUGAGAAGGUGUCAAAUUACAUUUUAGUGAAAGAAAAAUCAAACAAAAGGAAGAAUAAAAGGUCUGAGUUCAGACUGCUAAACCAUUUUCUCUUCUUUGUACAUGACCGAUCUCUUGACUUUCAUGCAUUCUGCGCUCUGUAUGCUGUUACUGAUGUUGCACUUGUUACUUCUCUUAGAGAUGGAAUGAAUCUUGUGAGUUAUGAGUUUGUUGCUUGCCAAGCAUCCAAGAAAGGAGUCCUCAUUCUGAGUGAGUUUGCAGGUGCAGCACAAUCGCUCGGUGCUGGUGCCAUUUUAGUAAAUCCAUGGAAUAUCACAGAAGUUGCUUCUUCCAUUGCUUAUGCUUUGAAUAUGCCAGUUGAUGAAAGAGAAAAGAGACACCAGCAUAAUUUCAUGCAUGUAACAACUCAUACAUCUCAAAAAUGGGCUGCAACCUUUGUUAGUGAACUUAAUGAUACUAUUGUGGAAGCUCAACUGAGGACUAGGCAAGUUCCACCUCUACUUCCUAUGAAAGAAGUCGUUGAUCACUAUUUGGAAUCCAAUAAUAGAUGAUUCUUAGUUUAUUUACAUUAAUUUACUAAGGAAUGAACUUUAUGAAGUUUUUUUUUAUUUUGGUAGGAGUAACCUUAAAAUGAUAACUUUAUGACUUAUUUUAGUAUUGAACAUUAUAAAAAAUUUUAGCAUUAAACAUUUUA